UUGCUUGUUUUUACAUAUAAUUGUCUUGUGAUAAAUCAACUUUGUUGUUAUUGUUGUUAUGGAAAUGCUAAAAAACUAGAGUAUACUUGUUAUACAAUUGUGACACAUUCAACGUCCAUAUAUCUCACAUUAUCUUGCUUUUGUGGAUUUUUAUUCCAUAAGUGUUAAAAGAGAGUGGUUGUUCUUUUUGUCUUGGCCUGUAAUCUGUGUAGGGAUUUGGUUACCCACAAGUGACAUGAUGUUUCCUUACUACAAAACAAUUUUGUAUUGUUGAUCUCCUAUCGUCCAUUAUUUUCCUAAUGUAAGUAUAAGGUAAGUAGGUAACUGUGUAAUCUGGUCAACCGUUCGACAAAAGAGGUACGUAAACCACUUUACAGAAUCGGUAGGCUGUUUUGGCAUAAGCGGUCUACCUCCUCCAACAAGCGGGUGUAAGUUGAAGGUAAGUGUGUCAUAGGUCGAUCCAUUGCUGGAAGCGGUAGUCCAGUUCCCUCAAGUGGUAGACCAUUUUCUUGUAAAGUGGUUCUGAAACAUAACUACAGCCGCCACCGAGAAGGUUUUAAAGUUUUGAAGAAUGUCAAGGGAAGUUCCUAGCUUGGUUAAGUUUCUCUAAUACAACAAAUCUUUUGAAACAAGACAAUGUUCAUAGCAUCAGGAAUGGAAAAAAAACACUAAAUUCUGGCUUGAUUCUUGGGCUCUGCAGGUACCUUUAAUGGAUGUAGCCAUAGGCGAGGUUCGGACGAGGAAAAAGAGUGGAAGGUGGCGGAGCUAUGGGAUACUGUGGAUGGGUGGAGAGUUGAUAAAUUUUAACAUCUUCUCCCGUCGGAUGUCACAGACAGAAUCAGGGGGAUUUGGGUCGACUCUCUCUUGUUGGAAGAAGAUCAAGCAAUUUGGAAACACACCUCGACGGGUUGUUUAUUGCCAGCUUGGCCUACGACUUGUUCUCGAUGACAACAGGCGAUCAAGACUCAUCCUUCUGGAAGAGAAUCUGGAGGGUUCAUGUUCCGGAGCGACUAAGAGUCUUCAUUUGGCAUUGUUUGCAAUUACAGGCACUUGACUCAAGACGACAAGUGCCAUGAGUGCAAAGACAUACCAGAGACCAAUCAACACUGCUUAUAGGACUGCGUCAUUGUCAAGUCAGUUCGGCUAGAAAUCAUUCCUCAAGCUCAACAACAACAACUCUUUAGUCUUAACUACUUAAGCUGGCUGAAGUGCAACCUCAAAGACGAGUCGCAAGGAAGCUGUAUAAGAGACUAGGCUAGCUACUUCAGCCUCCUAUGGUACAUAUGGAAAAACAGAAAUGAAAAUAUGUUCAAGAACAAAAAGCUCACUACCUCUUCUCUCAUUGACUAUGUUACUACCAAAGGCAGGGAAUGGGCCAAGGCGUGGACGAAUGCCAAAUUACAGAUCGACUUCAAACCUCCUUUGCCCAGGACUGAAGCACUCAUCGGAUGGAAGCCGCCAGCUUCAGGUUGGAUGAAGCUCAAUACGGAUGGAGCUGCUCGGAUGAACUCCGGAGUUGCAACGACGGGAGGAAUCUUAAGAAAUAGCUUUGGGGAUUGGAGAGGUGGCUUUUGAAGCAAACUUGGGACUGAGACCACGUUGAUGGCGGAGCUUUGGGGAAAAUACUAGGGUGUCCUCCAAGCCUGGAAGAAAGGGUGCCAGUUUCUCAUUAUAGAAUCGGACUCCCAUCUCGCUCUAGAUCUGGUUGAGAAACGUACAGAUCAUGUUUAUAUUUAUGCCACUCUUUUAGGAUCGAUUCGCAGGACUCUUGCUCAAGAGUGGGUGGUUCAACUAGUGCAUACGUAUCGCGAAGGGAAUAAAGCCACGAACUGACUCUCGAAGCACAGUCUCGUCUAUCCCUUCGAUAUGUGUGAACUUGAUGAGCCUCCAUCGGACUUGGGUCGUUUAAUCAGCGAGAAUGUGAUAGGAGUAGGGCUGUUAAUGAGCCGAGUCGAGCCGAGCUUUGCCAUAGUUCGGGCUCGGCUCGUUAAUAUAUUUCCAGGCUCGAGCUCGGCUCGUGUUCGUCACGAGCUUUAAUAUGCAAGCUCGAGCUCGGCUCGUUUAUGAAAAUGAAAGCUCGAGCUCGGCUCGUCAAUUAAGCUUAACGAGCCCAAAAUCGAGUUCGACUCAUAAAAUGUUCAUGAUAGCUCAAGAUUGACCUAGAACUACGCACAAAAUUACAUUUAAAUCUGUAGCAAAGUAAAACACAAUAUUUAUC